CUCCAAACUAACAUGGCAGUCAGACUCUGUGAUGUGGCUUCUCUGCUUAGAAGUGGUUCGUGGGCAGCAGAGCCUUGGACUGGGCAGGUAAUUGGUGCCAUGGAAACACAACUGUCUAAUGGACCAACCUGCAAUAACACAGCUCACAGUUCAAACACUAUAAACAAUUGCUCAUCACCAGUUGAUUCUGGAAACACAGAAGACAGCAAGACCAAUUUAAUAGUCAACUACCUUCCACAGAACAUGACACAAGAAGAACUGAAGAGCCUGUUUGGCAGCAUUGGUGAGAUAGAAUCCUGCAAGCUUGUCAGAGACAAAAUAACAGGACAGAGCUUGGGCUAUGGCUUUGUGAACUAUGUGGACCCCAAGGAUGCUGAAAAAGCUAUCAACACUCUGAAUGGAUUGAGACUUCAGACUAAAACCAUAAAGGUUUCCUAUGCGCGACCAAGUUCAGCUUCUAUCAGAGAUGCAAAUUUGUAUGUUAGUGGACUUCCAAAAACAAUGACCCAGAAAGAACUGGAACAGCUCUUUUCCCAGUAUGGACGCAUUAUCACUUCCCGUAUUCUAGUUGACCAAGUCACUGGGGUAUCAAGGGGUGUGGGGUUUAUCCGGUUUGACAAACGAAUUGAAGCAGAAGAAGCGAUCAAGGGCUUGAAUGGCCAGAAACCUCCAAGUGCCACAGAGCCCAUCACUGUAAAGUUUGCUAACAAUCCAAGCCAAAAAACGAAUCAGGCCAUCCUUUCCCAGCUCUACCAUUCUCCAAACAGAAGGUAUCCGACACCUUUAGUCCAGCAGGCUCAACGUUUUAGGUUGGACAAUCUGCUCAACAUGGCUUAUGGAGUAAAGAGUAGGUUUCCUCCAAUGACCAUUGAUGGAAUGACCAGCUUGGCCGGAAUUAAUAUCCCUGGACAUGCAGGAACUGGCUGGUGCAUUUUUGUGUACAACUUGGCCCCUGAUGCUGAUGAGAGUAUCCUCUGGCAAAUGUUUGGACCGUUUGGAGCCGUAACCAAUGUGAAGGUCAUCCGUGAUUUUAACACCAACAAGUGCAAAGGUUUUGGAUUUGUGACUAUGACAAACUAUGAUGAGGCAGCCAUGGCAAUAGCGAGCCUGAAUGGAUACCGCCUUGGGGACAGAGUGUUGCAGGUCUCUUUCAAAACAAACAAAACGCACAAAGCCUAA